AAGUGCUCCGGAGCUCCCGAGAGGACAAGUGGAGGAAAGCGCUACGAAGGUUCCUGUGGGACAAAAAGGUGACAGGGCUAAGGAACUCCCGAGGGGACAAGUGCAGGAUCAGAAGGAAAACGUGUCCGAGAGUUCUGAUCUUAUGCAAGACUUGUUUAAAGAAAAUCAGGACCUCAAGGAGAAGACCUACAGCCUGAAAAAAGAAGUGGAGUCACUUCAAAAUCAGAUUACACAGUUAGUGACUUUGGAGCAUGUGCAGGCCACUCUCGACUGUCAGAAAGAAAGUAUAAUGAAGGAACUAAAAGAUUAUGUUAGUAAAACUCAGCUCUUGGAUACAAGUACAGAGUUCGUUAUCCCGGGCAUAUCUGAAGAAGCCAUGCCUCAGCCACUUAGCCAGGACCUGACCCAGUUCAACACUGGGGUGGAGACACAGAAAAUUCUGAUGAUUGUAUAUCAAAUGCGGGAGAAGUUGGAUAGUCUUGAGGCUCGACUGAGGUGCCUAGAAGGUGACAUUACAACGCCCGUUUAUAGUCAACAGCAAUCAGACCCUAAUUCCAAGGGAGUUCUGAUGGUCGUUAACCAACUACGGGAGAAGCUUGACAGCCUUGGGGCUCGUGUGAAACAGAUAGAAGGUGACGUUAGAGCGCCUCUAUCGAGUCAACAGCAAAUAGACCCCAGUUCCCAGGGAGCUCUGGUGGAUGUAAAUCAACUAUGGGAGAAGCUUGACAGUCUGGAGGCUCGUGUGAAACACCUAGAAGGUGACAUUGGAGCGCCUCUACCGAGUCAACAGCAAAUAGACCCCAGUUCCCAGCAAUCUCUGGUGGACGUAGACCAAAUAUGGAAGAAGCUUGACAGCCUGGAGGCUCUUGUGAAACACCUAGAAGGUAACAUUGGAGCAGCCAUGGUGAGUCCACAGCAAACAGAGCCCAGUUCCCAGCGAUCUCUGUUGGAUGUAAACCAACUACAGGAGAAGCUUGACAGUCUGGAGGCUCGUAUGAACCACCUAGAAGGAGAAAGAAAAAAACUACUGGACCAAGUUAAUCAACUAAAAGCUCAUUCAAUGUCUGAUGUAAUGGACGAAAGGACAAUGGUAUCUAUGACUGAGUCUUUGGCUGAGGGCACUGUGGACAUGUCAGGAAGCUCAGGAUUAGGUAAGGAGCUUGCCAAAUCUGAGACAACAGAAAGCCAGAGCAGUGACAGAUUUACUGGAACGGAGCAGCAGCUUCAUCAAGCUGACCUUAGGAUCGCAGUCCAGAAGCUGCAGAAGGACAUGCAAAAUAUGUAUCGGGAGCUGCUGACUUCCAUUGAGAAACAGAAGGGAAGCAUCGAAAAGGAAAUUCCAGUUGAGGGCACUGAGUUGACUAGUGACAUGCAGAGAGUUGUGCUACAACUCCAGGCUAGGUGUGACGAGCUUCACAGAACAACCACUCAGCUAAUGAAAGAUCACAUGCAGGAAAAAGGUCACAUCAAGCAUUUGUACAAGACCACGAAGGAGCUGGUUGAGAACAAGGCAGAUAAGGCCGCAAUAAAUAUCGGACAAGACAUUAAAUCAGACAUGGAGGCUCUGGAGGCCAAGGUCCACCUGUAUGAUACAACAGCAAACAAGCUGGACAAGGAUCAUCACGAGCUUAUCAGCAUCAUCACAGACCAUGAAGAGAAUUGUUUGAAAAUUGAUGAGAUCCGCUCUGAAAUUAAACUCAAUGUUGACCCUCUGAAGAAGCAGCUGAAGAUUUUCCAGAUGAACUUUCAGAAAGCACUAGAUGUUCCAAAAGCAGAUGAUGCUGCUGGUUUUAAGAAAAAACUUUUGACGAGGUAUAACUGCCUCUCCUGUGAUCGUGCUGUUGAUCUGCAAACUCCAGGACCACACCUGGUAGUAUUGCCAGAGUUUCCUAAUUUACCACCUUCAAAGAUUCAUAAGAGGCUGAAGAAAGGCACACACUUUGCCAAAGAGCCUGACACCUGUGCUUUGGAUAAGAAAGUCUCAGAAGAAUAUCAAGACGGCAUGAGAUCGCCUAUAAACCGCUUACGAGCAAGUACAGGCUCCAUACAGAAAGAGAAGCUGUGGAUCCCAGAAGAGUCCAUACCAUAGAACAGAUGGCAAGUUUGUUCAGUGACGUCACACAGAAAAUCUACACCGCAUUGCUACAUCAUUAAUAACACAUACACAAGGAAAAAAAAAAUUUAUAAUGGGAUGUGUAGUAAAUGCCAGUUAAAUGA